AUGUCGCAAUCUUUUCUCAACCAGCUACUCAACAAUCCCGAGAACCGCGUACAAUCGGAACAAGGCGAACAAUGCAGUAUCUGUCUUGAAGAGUACGAUACACUAAAUACAUCGACCGGAACGAUCGAGUGUCAAAUCCGCCUACCCUGCAACCACAGCAUAGGCUCAUUAUGCGUCGUCACCUGGCUUCAAACAGGCAAAAAUUGCCCCGUCUGCCGGGCAGUAUUCUUCGGUGCUGCAUCCCUACCGGCUAUCACCAGAAGGGACGACGGACCAGGAGUGCCCUUGAGCGAGUCUCAGGGAAACGAAUCCCCAGCCCUCUUCGUGGCGGACAUUUUCCACAACCUCGAUUUUCCCCCGCAGGCUUCCCCGCAGGGCCAUGUCCCUACGCAGAUCCUAAGGUUGGCAACAUCAAUGGCCAGCCGCUUCACGGAAUUCCCCGACGGCCAAGCCUUCUCUACACGCUGCGUCGCCGCCGUCAACAUUUACAUGGCCGCACGUAUCUGGGGUCGAAGCUUAGAUCUGAGGGACAUCGCGCGAGCAGCCGGCAUCGAGGUGCAUGAGAUUCUUGGGCGACGUGGUAGUGCAAGGGGGCAGAGGGAGUAG